AUGGAAAAGAAACCUCCAAGGGGUGGCAAGAAAGACGUCAAAAAGAAAAAAAAGGCUGUUGCCUCUGAGUCUCAAGUAGGUUCCAAAAUUUUCAACUGAAUUACGCAGUUUGAUGACAUCACUAAAUUCCUACAACCAAUUCGGACUGUAGAAAGGAUGAUUAAUCAGAACACGUUUGACGAAGUUUCUCAGGACUUUAAAUAUUUUGAAGAUGCCUCCGACGAAUUCAGAGAUUCUUUAGGAACACUUUUACCGCUAUGGACUUUUUCCUACGAAAAGUCAAAGAAACUGACUGUUACUGCUCUCUGUUGGUCACCGCUGUACUCUGACUUGUUUGCCGUCGGACUUGGCUCAUGUAAGUUAUGGAAUGUUUGUUACCAUUCGGAAACCGCUUUCAUAUACAAAAAAUUGUUUUCUAUAAAUUUGAUUUAUUUUAAAUAGGGUACAGAUGCAAAUAAAGAGAAGGAAUUUUGAUAAUGUUUUAUUUUCGCCAUUGAAGAUCAGGGAACUCUUUUGUUAAAAGUGAGACUUAGUAUAUGCAAAAUAAGCACUUGGGGUUUCUGAUACCCAUCUUCACAGUUACUACUCAUUUCCUCGAGGUGUUAAUCUUCAUGCCACUUAUGUUGGGAAGACUUGUUUUAUUGGUGUUUGGCUAUAUUGGCCUUGUCUCACAAAACAGAAUUCAUUUUAGGUGAAAAUCAGCAUUAAUGUCAGGUAAAGUGACGCAGUUAAUGUGCCACCAGUGAACAUUCCAUGGAAAUAACAUUGCUCAUCAUUUCUGGGAAACCAAAAGUUUAAAAUACGAAUCUUUUAAUAAUAUUGCUGAUAAUAAUGCAUAGUAUAUUUGAUAAUAAGACAUUUUUAACAUUCAUUAAUCUUCUCUGUGUGUUCUGAUCGUGUUCUUAAAACAUUUACCACUUGUCUCGUAUUUGUCAGACGACUUUUUGAAGCAGGUUACUGGCAUGAUUUGCUUCUAUUCGCUGAAGAACCCUGGCCACCCGGAGUAUAUUUUUGAGACCGAAUCCGGAGUUUUGUGUUUGGAUCUUCACAAGGAAUAUCCAUAUCUUGUUUGCGUUGGUUUCUACGAUGGCUCAGUUGCCGUGUACAAACUGGAUCAGCAAAAAAGUGGGCCACUUUACAUAAGUUCUGCAAAGGCCGGCAAGCACACGGAUCCUGUUUGGCAAGUAAAAUGGCAGGCGCGUGAUGUACAGAACAAUAGGAAUUUCUUCUCCAUUAGUGCAGACGGUCGGGUAACAAGUUGGACUCUACUAAGGGUUAGUUAAUUCACGUAAUUUUUUCAUUUAAAUAACUCCGUCCGACUGAAGCUUCAUCUGCAUCUUUGUCAUUUAGUCGACAAAUUUUUCCUUAUAUGAAUGUUAAAAACGCGCAAAUCAGCCCCAUUUGGCCGCAAACGUUUCGUUUUGCACUGUUUUAUAACCAGUAGCACAGUUUAUUUCAUGCCUUACGGCACAUUUGUCACUUUCCUUUCUUUUUUUAUUUUGCCUUUUUGCAGACUAAGAUUCGAUAAAUUAAAAAUUGAAAUUAUUUUUUUACUUAUUUCUGUCAGUAGGAUGGUCAUUUUUGUUCCAUGUGCCGGGUUUCAUUUUAAGGAAGUAUUUAGAAAUGCAGUUUUUUCGCUUUUCAAGUAAUUCAAACUCACAUGCAUAAUUAUUUGACAUUUUGCUCGCGGUUUCUAUCAGUUGGUCGGUGUGUUGUGAAUUGUACCCAUGCACAAAUGCGGAACGUGCAUUCUAAAACUUAUCACAGCGCAGUGAAUUUGAAAAUAAUGGACUCAAUCGACAUACUAAUUUGUAGAUCUUUUGUUGACCAAAAAGCCAGGCUUAAUGUCUUACCCUUCACAAACCGUGUCCAACGCUAUGGAUUGGAAAGACAAAAGCCGUUUUCGCUGGUCGAAACUUAUUCUUUUUGUUUCUACCCUAGAUUUCAUGAAACGUACUUUAGAAAAAUCGUAACUGGAAUCUUAAAUGCAUAAGAAUGACGAACCUACUGAUGGUUUUUGAAAUUCUUUCCUUCCCCUCCCCAUAAAGCUAUCUGUUCUGGGCCGGUUAUAGAUCUUCGACUAGAUGUUACGGUUUCUGAAUUUUAGUCCAUAUUUUUUUACCUUUUCAAAGGUUGACGCAAGCAUUUGACCGGGUGCCCAGCCAUGACUUGGGUCCGAAUUUUCCCAUGUGACUAGCAAGGAAAUUUACACGAUUUUUAAUCCCUCAUCUCGCUGAUUUAAAAAUUAUUUUUAUGGAGUGACUGAUGAGAAGAGACGCUUUUAAAUGACUUCCUCAACUAUCUUCCCAAUAUAUGACUCAUGUCAUCCUGAAAGCCAUCGCCUUCAUCAUUUGGCGUAGAACACCAUGGCUUGGGCUACUACAAUCAGCAAUUUGUCGUUGCAAUCGCCAAAUACAUUUCAGUUAUGACUUGAGCAGGGGUCUGUUUAUAGUGUAGGUAGCUUGCACAACAUCGUCUUUGUACGUGAUUUUUAACCCGACCACGUUUUAAUGACAGGAGGACUCGGGAAUAACGGAAAUGGAGUUGUAGGUUUAAGGUAACAACUCCUUUGCGCGAAUUACACAUAUCCUAGUCUGUCUGCGCACAGUUCGACCUUCCAUGCGGAGAACUAGAUUAUCCCGUCAUUUUACAACGCGCCAGACCACGACUGUUAGACAUGAUAAAUAAUAACAAAAGAGAUUUAUGGACGCGAAUACUGACACCUAUCGAAUCGAAAAAACAAACGCGUUUUGUGGCAGUUCUGCGCUUAUUUACACUGAUCAGUUAGCAAGGCGGAAAGUUCCCACUUUAAAGAACCCCCGAGCCCCGACAUAGAGUUCAAACCCUGGGGGGAGUCCGUUUCAAGAGUUCUGGCUGUACGGCUUUAGAACAGCAGUCUAUCGGUCGCAGUUUAUGGUAGGUGACGCCGACAUGACCAGCCGAUGUGGACGAUGUGGAAACAUCUCCUUGAGUUUCUCUAGAGCUCAUAGGACAACAAUGAAUCCUAAGGCACUUUUAACAUUUUUCCUUCUUAUCCUCACUCGCCCCGCCAACGUCUCUAUUUUUAGUCUGGUGUCGGGGCUUUUCACGAGUGUCCGGUAAGGUUUGUGAUGCUGUGACUCAAAUUUUCCCUCGUUUCCGUUUUGUUGUUUGUUAAACUUGAAUUCUGCCAUUUGGAGCAGAAACUUACGCUUGCUCUUCCUUACGCUAGAAUGACCUCACCUGCUACGAUGCGCUUACCAUGCAAGUGACAAGAGAGCUGACCGAUGAUACGGAAUCUUCGCAGUUAGCCACUCUCGGUGAGGUUUCUUCCAUACAAAUUACCUUGUUACUAAAUACGCACUCCACUUUUCUGAUAAAACCAGAGCCCAUGAAAUCCUGCUCACAAAGUUGACCAGUUUUAAAGACAUAAGAAACAUCAAUGUCUAUCGUCUUCGUCUUUGAAACAGACAAAGGGGUAAAGGCACAAACCGAUGGCAUAACUCAACUCUGGUUCUGUUACUUUAUCUUACCGUUAACCUAUUCCUAACCAGAAAAAAUACGAGCAGGGGACUGAACACAAGUGUUUCCAACCUUAAAGAGCUUAGAUGAUCCACCUUAUGAAAUGUUAGCUGAAAUUCUGAAAUGUGUUUUCGACUAGAAAGGGUUACUAAGGUAUCGUGCAGCACAAUUCCAAAAGGUUUUGAUCAUGCCAGGAUGCCGGCUUUUGAAUCCGCCUCUUUCCAGCAGUCGACAGCAAACACCCAAGGCAAAAGAUGAUCACUUAAGUCGCACACCUUUUUCUAGCGGUUCUCGAUACCAACAUAAAUUCAAAUAUAUUUCAAAGAAAACAUGCACAAAGGUGUCCUUUCUGGCACCUAAUUUUGGAAAAUGGAGUAUUCUUUGACGAAUCCUUCGAGUUGGCUGGGACAGACCGUCCGCGUGGCAAUCCCUUUAAACUGCAGAGGAAGCUGGCCUAUACAGACGUCUGACGGAACAUCUGCUCGUAGACGGUCAUUGGAGCAUGGAACUGCCUUCCUGGCGCGGUGGUUCAUUCCGAAACUGUUGAAUCCCCUAAGUACAGACUAGAUGUUUAUUUUCUGAGAAACUACUGUACAUAUAAUCACGAUUGUGUUAGUGGCGGCAGUUUGCGCCUGGCGUCAACUUUUGAAUGUCCCGAUUUACUGAUGUAACAAUCGGUUCUACUGCUGUUUUUCGAUAUGACUGGGGACCUCAAGGGCAAAAGCAUCAUUCCCUUAAUAAACGGAUUUAAAUUGACCCAAGAGAGUGUAUCUAAUCAUAUAAAGGUCAAAAUUAUUCUGGUGGCAAGACCGACCAACGCGUAACCUACUGCAAAUUUGACAAAUCUUCUGUGCCGUUCUGUUGAUUGUAAUAGAGAGAAAAUCCAUUGCUCGGGCUAUGUGAAUUGUUUGCAGUGAUUUCCGCUCACUUAAUGUUGUCUGGGCGGUCCGUAUAGCGACUUGUGAGCGCGCACCUCUUUUCCUUCUCCAUGUCAAUUCAUGCUAAAACGGCCGCACUUUUCUUUCUUUUGGUCACGCCGCCAUAACUGAGAGUACAAUUGCAGCGGCCAACUGCGGUCAAUAGCUAACUACUGGUCUGCAUAAAUAGGCCACGGAUUUUUGCCUAGAACUGGUAUCCCAGACCACUGUUUGCUGACUUUUAAAAGAGUUGUAAGGCUUUCAGACCGCCAUGGCGUUAACCAACGCAUGGAAGAUUCCAGGUCUGACCUUCUUUCCGCCCACAGUUUUGGCUCAUUUUCAGUGCAGGCAAUCCACUAGGAAACCUCGGGGGUAUGCCUUUUUCGAAGGGAAAACGGCGCCGCAAAUGCACACGUCUCUGCAGGUUCUUAGUUCCGGUGCGUUAGUGCGCGUCGAUCGAGGGAAAAGUACUCGGACACAGCUACUGUUUUGGCGCACAGAUGGUUGUUGGCAAGAUUUUUGCUUUCCUCAGAAGUUAGUAUGCAAACUUGGAGUUAGUUCUUCGACACGCACUUUCCUGGAUUGGGUUUUAAGACUGAUUUAUGUAUGUUUAACAUGCCGCUCCCCACGAGCUUUAGUAAAACAAUCACAUAGUAUUCAUUGACCUCCAACAGACAACAGACGACGUUAGCUGGCCUGUCAGACUCCCAGCAGGGAGUGCUAGCUAAAAUCCAAGACACUCGAUUCCCCGAUUUUGUGCCGUGCAUGAUACGGCUGCUUCUACAUAUGUACCCCAUUUCUGAAAUUCUGUUUGCUAUUUCCUCAGCUUUCGGGCCGAACCUGGAAAGGUUACUGCCGAAGCAUUCAUACCACGUUCACACAUGAAUGUGGGGAGAAUUAGAAAACUUAACAUCAUAAAGCGCAUGAUGGACGCUUAUGAGUACAUACAGUCAGCGAUCGAUCUCAUGUAAUGUUGACCGAAAUUCCAAAAUGCGUUUUCGAUAAGGAAGGAUUACUUAGGUGGGGUUGUUAUAUUGUAGCAUAAUUCCGUAAUACUUCAGACAUGCCAGGAUGUUGACGACUGAAUGUACUUCUUUUCUGUCGCCAACAAAAGCUGUACUCAGUAAAAAUGGCUAUUUAAGUAGUGUACACGUUUUCGACUGGAUUUCGAUGCCCCUAUAAGCCCAAAAAUAUUUUGCAGGAAAAAUACACAAGUAUAUUCUUACUUACACUCAUUUGGUAACAAAUCAGGUCUUCUUCAGAUUUCGUGCCCGAGGAUAGGGUAUCUUUCGGUUUUAAAAAAGUUUUCAACUCCGGACUAAUUUUGAGUUCAAUCCGCCGCUGUGUUUGCGUUUUACCUUUCAAUUAUGCUAACAACCUACUUUUUAUGUAGAGUAAAACAUGCAUUCCUUUAUGCCAUUAAAUAGAAACCACCUAGAGCUCGUGAAACUAUGCAACAGAUGUGGAUUAUGUUCUUUAUUUCAUGAGAAACAUUAUUAGAUAAACAGAUACGAUGUUACUUGAAUGAAUAUUGCACGACCUUAGAAAUCUCAUUUUUAGAAACUUUUUUAAAAUCGAAAGAUCCACUUUCUUUGAGAAUAAAAUUGGAAGAAGACGUGAUUUGCUGCCGAAUAAGGGCAAGUGAAAAUAUUUUAUACAUGUUUUCUAUUAAAUGUAGUUGAAUUUAUAGGGACGUCGAAAUUCAGCAGAAAAAUUCAUACUACUUAGUCAGCCGUUUUUGCCGGAUGUGGUUAUUGGAGGAGACCGAAAAAAGUACGUUUAAAUGCCAACAUCCUGGCGUGUCCGGAAUAUUACCACAUCAUGCCACAAGAUAAGCAAUAUUACGACCCCACUUGAGUACUUCUCCCUAAUCGAAUACACAUUUCACAAUUUCGGUUAACAUUUCAUGAGAUCGGUCACCGGCUGUUCGCGACAGUGUUAUGAAUAACGUCCUUCAGCCUCCUCCGGUUGUUUCCUUCGUCUUCAUGGAAUCUCGAUCGUUCCAUACUCGUGGUCUCUGUACUAAUGAGAUCGCCUGUGUAUCCGGUCAGAUGCGUUUAUUCCCUGAGAGAGUCUUUGCAGUGGGGUUUUCAGUCCCAUUUUGAAGACCUGAACAUUCGAAAAUAGAGCUCACUUUCGUUACUAGGUCCCCUUCCUGGCUACGCCUGACGGCUACCAGUGACGUGGGCGAGGGUGCGUCCGUGUUCUCUUACUUUAAUUGGAAGAACGAAAGACAAGAUUUUAUACCACGCACUGUCCCAUCUAUUGAUAUCGCAGCAGUUUGCUUGUCUGCGACGCAAAGUACUCCUUCCAGGCUGCAUAGGUUUUGCUUUCCUGCACUUAGUUUAUUCGUCUUCGACCCACACACAAGACACGUGCGAUUUGUCGUAGGAUUUUUUUGCGUCGGCAAGGACUGUCACUGCUGGGUCAUCGGAGCUAAUGACGGAGGGUGAACUGUAGGCGCAUGGUCAUUGAUUCCCCAGGAAAAAAAGUAGACUCGCCUACAAUGCCAUUCUUACGGACGAAGGCGCGACAGCGUUCCAGAAGAUGUGUUCUGCGCCUGCUUUGGUCAAGCGGUCCUUAUUCGCGGAAACGGAUCGAUGAUGUCUGUUUAGUGGGAGGUCAAAGGGGCGGAUAUUGUUCGCACUUUCUGUGUCCUCAACGCCUAUUGCAACCAGCCGGCAGCCGCCCAUGCAACAUGACCCAACGCUUUAGGGCAGCUUUUCUAGCCCAUUCCUCCACGCGUGACAUGCAAAGCGUCCCUAGGAGAGAGAGAGAUUUAGACGUCCCGGACGGCAGCUAAUUUCCACUGGGGCUCAAAAUCAUAUCAGGUGCAAAGACGACUCGAAUUAUCCUGGAUCAAGCAUGAAAUUGUGUAUCGCCCCUGCCUCGUAUUAAGCUGGCAAUGGAUGGUGUUGCCGGUUUUGGGGGUGAGUGAGGGAUGAAGGGACGGCUUGGCUAUCAUCAGUUGGUUGAGUCCGCAGUUCGGACGGAUGCUGUCGUCGCGCUAAGAGCAACAUCAUCCAGCCCCCCUCCCCUUCCCAGUUGAGAGCUGGGUGCCUGUUAUCAACAGUUUUGGCUGCUCGCCUCGGACACCAACACACUUUAUACGACCGUCAUUUCAACAAACUGGACCCUUCCCUACCAGAGUAUCUCAUGCGUCCAACAUGCAGUCCAAUGUAAGAUUAUGCUGACGCCUCAGAAGUACUCCUCACUAGUGAGAUUUCGUUGUCGCAUGCGAAGACGUCCACCGUGUGCCCCACGAAGGAAGCUCAGGGUCAGAUGUAGUUAGGUAGCCCAGCCCGAAGUAAACAAACCACAGCCAUCUGUAAUACGGGACCGCCAGUAAGAGGGGUUUUUACAGGUUGGGCCGGGGAACGCACAGGCGACGAGGUCAAGUAGUUGUAUGCAAAAAAAAGCUAUUGGGAAUGUGCGAUUUUACUUUGAGUGGUUGAGAAAUAGUCGCCCUAACCCCUAACCCUAUCUCCUUAUUCUAACCCCUUAUUCUAACCUCUAGCCCCAACCCCAACAGCAUUGUGUCCAUCAGGUGAGGCUACAUUACCCCCAUCUUACCAAGCGCAGCAUCGGCAACUUGCAAGUGAUUCACAUUAUAGCGAGGCAGACUUUCGCGGCAUCUACCAAACCCCUCAUUACAUGUUAACUCACGUAAGAACCUGCAAACUGAUUGUCCAGCUGCAAAAUGCCGUUUCGCGUUCACCACUGAGUGUAUGUAGUGAGAACAUUAAGAUAGCUGUUAUUCGUCCUCCUCCUCACUCGCCAGUUGAGUAUAAAAUAGCAAUUCGUUAAAGUUUCCGUGGAUACUCAACAACAGACACUUCUUUCUUAUACCUGUGUGUAACUAAGGUAGUGUGGCAGCACGCUGUACCCCCAAAACCAGCCGCCCGGUAGAUGCGCUGGACCAACACGAGGGCCAUAUCGUAUUCUGGCGGGUGUUAUUGGAAUGCGCUCCGCAAUAGAUGCGAACAUCUCGGGAGUGCGGUGGCAGACCCAGUUGCCGACAGACGUCACGCACAUUGGGACCCCUGUCACCCCCCUCAUUUAUGUUGUUAGUUAAAAUGCUGGUCAUCUGCUGCGUGGAGUGGAGCGCCAAGGUGCAGGCUCGACCGUGCCGUCCACCUACGCCAUCCCCGCCGCCAGUCUUCUUGGCUCUGUCUUGACACCGGGUUGAGGUGGGGGACGAGGAGAAAAUGUGGUAGACGCUGCGCAAGUCUACUAUCACUGUAAACUAAUUCCCGCUCAACUCACCGGGCCUGCUUUACCCUGCCGUAAUGCGCACUGUGGGCAUUGUCGACAACGACGGUCGAACUGUCGUGCUGGCACGCCUAGGUGCAGGUUCACGCCGUGUCAGCCACCUACGCCUGAUCCCACCUCCGGUUUUCUUGACGCCGUCUUGACAGCGUGCCCAUGAGAGUCAAAGGGAGGGAGUGCGAUAAAUGCUGCGCAAGCCUACCGCUAUCAAAGACUAAUUUACGCACAAGUCACGAUCCCUGUGUCUGCCAUGUUGUGGAGCACACGGUGGAAUCAUCGGCAGCGAUGGUCAGGCUGUCAGCGUGAAAUACGGGCUUUUUGUGAUUAAAAACAACGUCCUACAGCAGUUUCUUUCGAGCCCAAUGAUUCUGAAAGCAUUUUGUAAUCAAUAAAGCGGCUCAAAUUAGCCUAGGUAUUGCGUUUUUCAGUUUCCCUCCCGCUCUUCUAACUGCUCGUGGGGUUUUGCCAAUAGAAGCGAAGAGACGAGUCCAAGGAAGCAGUUUUGAAGAAACAGACGAUCGCUGGGACAAGAGCUUUAUUAGCCUGACGUUCCGGAUUCCUGUUCGCACCCAUCAUCAGAGACAAAAGUAGAUACGGGUGGUUCAUGCACAAGAAGCUGCAGCAUUAAUAGGAUGCAGUCGCCAUACUACCGCAUGCCUAGGAGUAUUCACGUCUCUCCCCCUUCAUCAGGGAUCGUUGCACUUGGUGUGCUGACUGUUUGAUGGCCGACAUUCGCGUCGUUAAUUGCUGCAAUUUCAUCACGUGCGUUGGACGUUGGUGUGAUGUUGCUCGAUCUACCGACCCUGCCGUUGAGAAAAGUAUUCACCUGUGCGCUUCACGAGAUAGUAUGGCGACCACAUCCUUUAAAUACUGCAGCCCCUUGUGCAUGAGCUACCCGUAUCUGCCUUUGUCUCUGACGAUGGGUUCGAGCGGGAAUCUUAAACGUCAGGCUAAUAAAGCUCUUGUGCCAGCGAUCGUGUCUCCUUCUUCAACACGGGGUUUUGUUUGUCCAUGCUUGCUAGAGCUUGUCAUGGAGUUGUUUUUCCUCGAGAAGGCAUUAUUGGUUAUCUGAGUGCUUAGUAAUUUUUGACCUCUUUUUUACACAGAAUGCGGCACCGCCAUGGAUUUCCACAAAUCUCAACCCCAUCUUUUCCUCAUCGCUACGGAAGAAGGCAUGGUUCACAAAUGCAGUCGGGCGUAUAUAUCGCAGUAUCUCGAUAGUUACAAGGCACAUCACAUGGCAGUCUAUCGCGUUGAGUGGAACAACUUCCACAAGGACAUCUUCAUUACCUGUUCUGCCGACUGGACCGUCAAAAUUUGGGACCAAAACAAGCAGUGAGUUUUCCGACCUUUUUGCGACGAGAGCCAAGUUUAUAGUUUUCUCUACUAAGACAGGCAGCUCUAUGCACGGCCUUCUCGGUAAACCCGCGCGUCCGUGCGCGUGUUCGUGCAACCGAAGUAGCCGUGCAACGAUUAGUGCUAAACACGAUAAAAUCGAUUUCUCGCUGGCUAAUUCUGCUGUGCUACGAUUGGUCAGGUUCAGCAGAUAGCCCCGCGUGGAGGAAAGUAAGCUGACAUUUAUCAACCCUUCCAAACUCUGUACGGGUUUUUUUACCAUACGAGUCACGUCCUGCACCUUUGUGGAUGCAAAAAAAUCAAUGUUUAACCUCAGGAUGGGUGUUUGGACGUUCGCGAUUUUACUAGAUACUUAAACUCCCUGUUUCUGCAUUUGACACCAAUCUGACUUCUGCUGAUUCUGAGCGUACAUCCUGUUACACGCAGUUUUGUUCUUACCGCGUCUCACGUUUUUGCGAGCGAGUACAUGUCCCUUUGCUUCGGAUAAACACGUGAGCGAACGCUCCAUCCGGCUCGACGCUCUCACGAUCUAAUUAAACGUGAUUUACGAUAGGCCGGUUUUAUAACGGACUGCCUUGCUUGCCGGCCUAAUGGCCAGCUUCUUUGCUGCUGCUACUGCUGACCUUGACCAGAAAGGCGAGCAUAACCUUGACAACGCGUGACCUUGGCGUUCACUGCCUUUCUUUCACUUAGUUCGACGAUUUAGGCCGGUUAAGCUGGCGAAACUCUCCGAUGCCUAUGUUUGUUUGCAUCAUUCUAGCCGCGUUUGCAUCUUGAGGUGAAACAGGUGUAACUGGAGCACCGUCUGACACUUGCAUUAUAUGAUGGCUGGUCAUUCAUCUAAUUUGCCAAGAAUUUGUAGCGAAUACUGGGGAAAAAGUUGCUCAUAAAAAGUUAACUCGAGAAUGGGCGCACGCUUAUAGCUUGACCGACUUCGGCCUGGUAGGUGGUUGUCUGUUCGUGACCUCUAUCAACCCUACGAAGUUUGUUUACUUGGGGAAGCCCGUGGAUCGAUAUGUGUCCCUUCUGGAGUGAAUAUAUGCAUAUAUAUAAAUAAAAAAAUGAAGAGGUUCUUCGGAAAAAGUCGAGUUGUACUCGUCGUCGACGCGACCCCCUGUCCCUUGUCUUUGCGCACGCACUCCAGUGCGACCACCGUUUCAAUUGGAAUGACACCGAGGUCAUCGUCACAGCCAACACAAAACGGGCGAGAUAAUUCCUAGAGGCAUGGUGUGGACCUAGACGCCCAUUAUGAGGGCCUACGAUUACGGCUCAAUGAGUCGUGCCCCAAGCCACAUCAACGGCAGCUAACCCAACCGCCCGCAGUUCCACUAACCUACCAUUCUUCCUUCCCCUCCAAUACGGGCUACCGUAACUGUUUUCGUCAUCCCCCCUCUCCUCCCGGCUCAGAACCAACCGUGACCCUCUGCCCACAUCCCCUUUCUCACACGCUAAUGGCCCGCCCAUCAAUGUCUGUCCUAUCGCAUCAACUAGUCUAGUGUGACUGUCUCACUUCCCCCUUUAUUUUCAUUUCGUCUGACGACGGGUUGGUGUCACCAACUUGAAAAUUGACGAGUACAACUCGACGUUUUCCGAAGAGUCUCUUCCUUUUUCAUUAUAUCUCUCGGAAUGCACACCACCUCUACUCUUCAUGUAUGUAAAUGGCAAACUUAUUAUACCGUACUGCCGACAUAGGUACUAACUAAAAGCCCAGACACGUGUUUCGCCGAUAUUCUGCCGCUGCGUGACACAGCUGCGAGGAGUCCAGCUCCCCCGUGGAUCCCCCAGCGCCCUCUAUGCGGUUUCUGGUUUGUGAACUCCAGAAAAUAAUCAAACGAAUAAUUUCAGAAAUUAUUCAGAGCAGGACAUGGAGUUAAGUCUCGGGGACAUGACUUUCUAGGUCCAGACCCAAAAUUUUAAUGAAAAUUCGAGUCGAAGACAGUCAACUACUGUGGAGUAACCACGUAAUGCCUAUUCUACAAACAAAUAGUACCGCGCGUAGUAUGGAAUGUAUACGACAAACUUAUUAUGUAGUUAGUACCUAUGUCGGGAAUACGGUAUAAUACGUUUGCCAUAUACAUUUCAUACUACCCGUAGUAUUGCUCGUUUGUACAAUGGACAUUGCGUUGUCAUUCCGCAGUAGUUGAUUGUCUUCGACUCGAAUGUCCACUGAAAUUUCGGGUCUGACCCUAAAAGGUCAUGUCCCGGGGACUUAACUCCGUGUCCUGCACUGAAUAAUUUCUGAAAUUAUUCGCUUCAUACAUAUGUAUAUAUAUGCAGUAUGUUAUUACCGACAAAGACAAGGGAGACUUGAAUGGUCAUUUCUGGCUUAUUAGCCGUCGUCAGCCAGUCAUGCCCAACCCCGAAGUAUGGAACACCCGAGGCUCGAACUCGCGACCUGUUAGUUAGAAGUCCAACGCCUCUAACCACUGGCCACGGGCCCGUUGAGCGUCCCCUACCAUUGUAUAUUUCCGAUCGAAACCGACAGGACAACAGGCCCGUGGCCCAGUGGUUAGAGGCGUUGGACUUCUAACUAACAGGUCGCGAGCUCGAGCCUCGGGUAUUCCACACUUCGGGAUUGGGUAUGACUGACUGAUGACGGCUAAUAAGCCAGAAAUGACCAUUCCAGUCUCCCUUGUCAUUGUCGGUAAUAACAUACUGCCUAUGUCAUGCGCCGCUGUGCGGCUGCUGUUUGGGUUCGAGAGAGAGCUCGUAGGGCACAACGGAACUAGUGAGUCCCGUAAGAACGAUCGGUGAGCGCCCCCUAUCAUUAUAUAUAUGCAUAUAUAUGAGAAGAAGAGGCGGGAACAAUAGUUUCUGUCUUGCGCAAACUCUGAAAAUACGUUCGCCUUCCAGAAUGCUGAAAUCCUAGGCCGGGAAAAUGACCGUAUCACCAGGGAAAUAGUCGAGGCCUGGCACACUGACGCGAACUCUAUCAACCGAUGAGUAGCGCUUCCCGAAGCUUACUAAGCCCUCCGGACGCAGCUCAGCGAACGGAAGAGCAGAGGCAGGCUACGACAAGACAGAAACCCAAAUAGGGCCGAGUCCAUGGGGGACACACGCGCAGCUGUACUAUAGCCUGAAUCUUACGAAGGUGCGAUCGUCACUACAGCCGCGUCGUCCACUUAUCCGACAGGUGUGAAGACGAACGAUCGCAGUAACGCUAACGGACCCGAUGAAGGUGCUAUCGUCACUGCAACUCAUGCGGCAGGUGAGAACACAAGUGGCUGCGCGGUGGCAAAGAAGAUUGCCAGCCUAGGACAAGAGCUAAGGUCAAUGCAAAUACGUGCGAUGGCAACUAGCGUCUGAACGACGGACAGAAUAGACGUAAACCCAUUGUAACAAGAUUGUUACCGCCUAUAAAUACUGUGAGGCGCGGUACAACACUCACCUCAAACGAUGAAAGCUUGUUUGCUUCUGAAACGUCAGGGCAAUAUAACUAUGGUUCCCGAGAUCGCCUGUUCUUCUCAUUUAUGUCCGGGACGAGCAUUUUCGCUUCUAUCAGCAAUAUAUGUAUAUAUAGAACAGGACAACGGGCCCGGGACCCAGUGGUUGGAGGCGUGGACUUCUAACUAGCAAAUCGCGAAUUCGAGCCUCGGGUGUUCUGCAAUCCGGGGGUGGCUAUGACUGGCUGACGAUGGCUACUAAGCCAGAAAUGGUCAUUUCAGUCUCCCUUGUCUUUGUCGGUAAAAACAUAUACAUACAUAUAUUGCUGUCUUCACGUUAGUAAAUAUCUAUUCUAUAUGUUGCUCAUCUUUACUUAGGCAAUUAUCGUGUGGGGUAAAACAGCGGCUAGAAAUUGCCUGCUCUUCACUUACAGUGAAGUAAAAACGAGGUCAAAUUUGGGGAACUUUAGAUCUCCGGUUGCUCAAGACCAGCCCACAACCGGCCUUUGCACACUUCUCGGUCAUAUUAGCCGUGAGUAGAUAACUCGCUCCUCCUCUCAAGACGGAGAAUCAGGCUGCAAUGGUUCUUUCUUAAUGUGGCGUUUCUGGUACUUCCAAUCGGGUGGAAUCCGUACCAUUCCCCUCCCCUUUUCUUGUUGUGUAAAAUCCUCGCCGGUUGUGAGUUGUCGGCCAGGGGAUGUGGUGGUAUGCCUAGGUCUGGGUUUUCGUCACACAAACUACCUGCGCCCUCUAACGCCCCCCGGUCUUCUUGACUCUCCCCUGACGCCAGGCUCAGGUGGAUGGGGAGGAGGAGAGAUUGCGUUGGAUACAGAGCAAGUCCAACUAAUUCAUGCACACGUCACCGUCCCUGCGGGGCACAUGGUUGACCUUGUCACUAGCAACGAUCGAACUGUAAUAUUCCGUCUUAUACCCAAAUUCAAAGUUUUACAUGUUGAAAUUACAUUCACAAAUCGGGCUGCGGGAAUUGCUCGUCUCGUUGUCUUGGAGCUCAAUCUAGAAUCCCCCCCCACAUGGCAGUCGCAUAGCAAUUGCUAAUGCAUUCAGAGGAGGGCACAUCGAAAAAUACUAGGUAGGUUAGAACAGCCAUAUCUGACUUAUUAGCCGUCGCUGGCUAACGUCGAGCAAAUUCCGCGACCUGAUCGGUGAACACAUUUCCACCAUAGUCAAUAUUUCCGAUCUGAACCGAAAAAAGACAACGGAUCCAUGGUCCAAUGGUAGAGCAUCCGACUAGAAAAUGAUCAAUGACCACAUUAACCGGGUUCUGAUCAAAUGUUAUCCAGACCCUGGGCCGGGUAUGGCUGACAGACGACGUCGGCUGAACCCGAAACGGCAGUCCCAGUCCUCAUCGCCGUUGUCGGCAUACUAUCCUCUAGGGUGGCGCGUCAGAUCGGAAGGCACAACCUGCGUCAUUUUUUUGCAAGCGUGAACAUGGAAAGUUGCAAAGAUUUACCCUCAAAAAUUCACCGGUAAGAUGUGGUUUUGGAACCCCACUUGAUAAAUGCAUUACUGCUGGGGUUGGAGUUAGUGUUAGGGGCUAGGGAAACUAUUUCUCAACCAUUUAAAGUGCAACCACGCACUCCCAAUAGUUUUUCUUUUGCAUACAACUAUUUGACCUCGUCGUCUGUGCGUUCCCCGGCCCCACCUGUAAUAACCCGUAUUACCACCGGUUCCAUGUCAGAGGUGACUGGGGUUAAUUUACUUCAGGUGAGGCCACAUAACCAAAUCUAACCAGGAUCUUUUGCAAACGUACAUAUAGAAUGCCAUUUGAACAGGCAUUUUGCGGUCUUUAAACUUCCAUAAUUACAAACUUUUUAAGAUAGCUGUUAUAAUUUAUUGCGAUGUAAAAUUGGAUGAAGACGUAAUUUACUACCAAAUGAAUGCAGGGCAGGAUAUUUUUGUGAAUGCUUCUCAUAACAUAUGUUCUAAUAGACAAAGACAUUGGGAAUCAACAAAAAACUUUACUUCCUGAGUAGUCAUCAUGUAUGGAGUGACCGAGUGACCACAACACGCCGACCUCGUCAUGGGGGUGGCUUGGGAGAGAUGAGUGUUAAUAACUCCUGGGACGCUCAUAAACCCUGUCAAAUUUUCGUAGUUUCAUUUUCUAUGCAACUGCAUAGGCCUGAUGAUAAAAUAUCGAAAACACGCGUUUGUCAAAUUGACUUCUAAAUUCUGAUUCUGUAAGCUGACAGCCGAAACAGGAUUUCCUUACCAAUCAAUCUAAAGUCGAUUAGCUGUUUAUCAGGCCAACUUAACUUUGUAAUGUUCUUGAUUUUCGGGCUGUCGUCCCUUCUAACUUUCAGAGUGAGUGAGGGCUUAGGGGUUAGAGCUAGAGUUAGGGCUUGGGGCCUAGGGUUAGCGGUUAAGGUUAGAGGUUGGAGUUAGGGGUUAUGGCAACUAUUUCUCAAGCACCCAAAACACAACCGCGUAUUCCCAAUACCUUUACUUUCGCAUCCAACUACUUGACCUCGUCGCCUGCGCGUUCCGCGACCCCAUCUGUAAAAAACCCUAUUGCCACCGGUCCCAUAUUAGAGGUGGCUGGGGUUUGUUUACUUCAGAUGGGGCUAUAUAACCACACCUGAUCAAUACACCUAACUUUCCCAAAAUUGAUUCUAAAAUCACAAAGCCAAUUCGACUCUUUGCCCAUCACAGCAGCUUUCUACCCUCAUUUCGGUGCGAAAUCCAGCGAGUUUUUAUUAGGUACGCAAAUCUUCUGCGUUGGUACUGAAAUUUCGCCAACUGUCAGAUUCCUAUUGUAUGAAUAUAAGGAAGCAGCCCAUUGGUUAGUUUAAUCGAUUGCUCAGUUUACUUCUUACUGUGUGACCUUCAACAGCCACUGUACAUCCGAAAUUCGUAUUGUUUCACCCUGUCCAGUGUGUAAGCGGUUAGUAUUCUCCGUUCCCACAAUGGGAAAAAGUACGCGCUUGCCAAACUUCCCAUGUUACAAUGAUUCAGUUCAUUCAGCCGAUUGUUGUUUUGCAUGAGUGGGCAGGCGCUACUGCGUUCUUAUUGGUUGCCUACUCCCCUACUGUUUCUCUCUCAUUCACCGUCCAGGAAACCGGUGUUCAUGUUCGAUUUGGGCGCGCCGGUCGGUGACGUUACCUGGGCUCCCUAUUCUUCCACGGUGUUUGCAGCGGUCACCUCCGAUGGAUACGUUCACGUCUACGACCUGAAUAUUAACAAGUACGAGGCUCUGUGCAAACAGCUGGUUGUUCAAAAGAGACGCACUAAACUCACCCAUAUCGCUUUCAACCCCAUCUACCCAAUCCUCAUAUGUGGCGAUGACCGGUACGUCAAGUUCAUUCUUCUCCCCCUUUUGUUCAUGUCCUCCCAAUAUUACUACUACUACUACUACUACUACUACCACUACUACUACUACUACUACUACUACUACUACUACUACUACUACUAUUACUACUACUACUAG